AUGAUCGAGCGACACCUUCAACCUGCCGCGUACCCAGAUUGGGCGCGAUACAAGAAGCAAAUCAUAAGUCUUUAUGCAGUUCGUACACUACCAGAAGUGAUGCAGAUUAUGCGCGAGGAGCACCACUUUGUAGCCAGUCCGAUGAUGUACAAGAAGCAUCUUCGGAAUUGGGGAGUACAGAAGAACUUGAGGUCUCAUCAGGUGGCAGAGGCGCUUGGCAAGCCGUGCGACCAUACACUAGAUGAACUUUCCAAUCUUUAUACAGGAUUUGUCGACAAAUCUAGGGUACAAGGCUAUCUUCGCCGUCUACCUGAGGAAAGACGCACCCGGAUUAUCACAGCUAUCCAUGAAGGCCUCUCAGCUACACAAACUGCGCGCUCACUCCAUUCGACAAGGCCCAAGCCCCCAAGCACCGAGCGCUAUCUGAGCAACGUACAUGAAUAUGUUAGAGGAAUGUUCGGCUCCCAGGCAUGGUCGAAACAUUGGUUGUCAAAUCCUAGUCUGUAUGGGAAAAACUUUGAGUCAUUCGAUCUAUCAAUGACUGCAAAAAAGGCCGCCGACCACGGUCACACGGAUCAAGCCUUUCGGAUCAUUGACUUUACCUUUAAACAGCUCCAGUCCUGUAUGCAACACGGGUCUGCAGACAUCCUGGUGUACUUCCAUUCAUCUGCGCUCGUUUAUCACAGCAUUUGGCCAGAGCUGACUUUGCAAUGGUCAAAGCAUACCAAGCAGCUCUCUCGAAUAUAUUACAAUAGUCAAGAUCAUGCGGGGUUCCUCACGGGCUGGAUCGAGCCAAUGCUACAGACUAACCUCGAAGACUGGUUACACUUUUCGAUUCAAGUCAUCAACCUCUACUGCGAAGUCCUAUCCGAGCAUGUCAGUGUUGACAAUACGCUCAAUUCACAUAUCGUCUUGGCCCGAGCGAUGAUACUUUCGCGGCUCCGCAAUGCCAAAGUUGCGGCUGUCUCCACAGAUGAUCUGAUCAGCGUGGGCCGUUUGACUUUCGAGAACUUUGGUCGCCAGAAUGUUGCAAGCGUCGUUACGAAAUCCGCCUUGGCCGGCAUCCGGUUUGACGAAGGGCGGUUUGAGGAAGUUCACCAGCUACUGACCCAAAUCUUACAAUCCGACGACAUUGACAAGUACCUGGAGGUGAAGGCAUUCUGUUAUAAGUUGCUGGCACUAGUCGCGAACAGGAUGGGACAUUCCGAGGAAGAAAUGCUAAUGACGCGGCAGUCCGUCAUGUUUUGUACGGCCAACUUCACCCUUGAUAAUGAGCUGACCUUGGACGCCUUUUACGACAUGGAGAACUUGCUCCGGAGUAGAGGUCAACAGACGGAAGCUGACGCAUAUAGACAGCUUACUGGAGACAUUCUGGACGGGGUGGUCAAGCAUCUGGAUCGAGUAGCACUUGGGGAAAAUCGCGUCCCGGAGACGGUUGACGCAGAGAGUCUUCCUAGUGCUCCCUCGCGUUUACUGGCCAGCACUAUAUUAGAGACUUGGAGGACCCGAUGGUGA